AAAGGCGCCGUAGCCGCCGAAGCAACGUAAUUCUGUUACAGCCUGCUGUGUGAUUCUGCACUAUGCCGAGAGCACGGUGGAGACUUAAUGGGAAAACGUGUGCUGUGGUAGGAUGCAAAAACCGUGAUGGAGACAUCAGGCAGUGGAAAGCCUCGGUGUGUGAAAUGCACGCUCCACAGCUGCAUCAAGAGUGCCCGUGCCCGAGGCCGUUUUCCAUGCACCGGAUUCCCCAAGGAGAGAAGAACAAGCUCGUCCGACAGUGCUGGUUAGCGAACCUACAGAGAGAGGACUUCGAUCCGGGCACAUCGUCGAGGGUAUGUUCUGUUCACUUUGUUGAUGGGCGCCCAACCGAAGACAAUCCUUACCCAACACUUCGUCUUGGAACACUGGAUGUCCCUUACAAGGGAAGAAGACGAGUCACGCAUACCGCCCCAUCUCAGCUGUGGCCUGGUGCUCCUUCAACUGGCAGCAGCCCACAGCACCACGUGGCUGACGAGCCAAAUGACGACUAUUCUGCGGCAUUUGCCGACGAUGACAUGAAUGACAGCCUUCCUGCCAAGAAUCAACUCGGACCUGGCAUUGUCACAUACGAGCGGGCCUUCAGGGCCAACAAAAAAACCCUGGUUCCAACAAAGUGCUUAUCCUGUGGCUGCAGUUGCAAAGGCACCAGGAAAAUGGAUAAGGGUGUUCAAGCUCCGCCAGAGGAGGACCAGGACUACACGUACCUUACAGAUGUACAGGUUCAUGUAAAGCAGGAAAUUUUUUAGCGACACGGUGUCAGCCAGACUGAAGUCACCGUUUACUCUAGUCUCGCCCUACAUUCUUCUCUGCUUUCUUAAAAAAAUGCAUUCGAUGAGCUGGCAAGAGCUCUCACCUUAAUCGACCUUUUCACGCUUUUCCUGCUAUGCACUUUGCCCAACUAGUGGCGGGUAGUCACUUAGCGCCUUGAACCACAGUUUGCUUGCUCUAUGACAUGGAAAAUGUAGACUUGGCUCUCUUGACAUAAACAAGCCCCAGCCCCAGACUAACACCAGCGCGUUCAACUAGGGCCUCAACUGCACUUGAAGCACGACAGGUGCUGCCAUUAGUUGGGUGAAUAUGCAGCACAGGGAAGUCCACUUGCAGAUUAUAAAUAGGGUCUAUUGUGAAGUUCCUAUUUGCCAUGGCAUUCAAGCUGCUGCUGAUGCUGAUGCAACUGAGGUUAGGGCUUUUACUCUUUGACCUGAGCCCUCUACUUUGUAUCUGUACAUGUGCAGUGAGCAGAAUUUCCUGCUUCAUUGUGUCAGAAGUAGCAAAAUAUUUUUGCAACUACCUUGAUUUCCGGUUGCUCAGAGAUGUGAUUUGGCAAACUUUACCUUGCUGAGAGCUUUGCAGACUUCCUGUUGGCUACCUGCAUAAUGGGUUGCUUUGAGCUGUACACUGAGAGGCCUGGCAAGCCAUUUCAAAGAACCGGGACAUACAGGCAGUGUAAAUCACACAACGCAGCCAAUGCUCUCGGUGCGAUUACACCAAGCAGCUUUAUUGUGUUUAUAUGAAAAAUGGACAAGCAAGCAGUUGUUUCAUCGCAUCAGCCAGCAUUUUCAUUUUUUAAAAUGCUCACUAAUGGUGAUGAAGUUCUUGCUGACCGAGGAUUGAUUGUAAAUUACCUUUCUCCUCGUGGUGUAAAACAGUCAUUGCGAAGCUCUUGCAAGGAACUGUAAACGAGUUGUCACACUGUGUGUCACCACAAUGUUUGGCUUUGGCUCCACAAAGUUCAUGUUUAGUGUUCCAUGAGAACAUUGACGUGUUUUCAUAUUCUAAAGCAGUUUCCAUGCAGUAUUUUUGCAAAGAGGCCCUUGGUAGAUCACAUACCGCUUGUCAUAGCUGCUCUGUGUAACCUUUGGCCACUCCUGAUCAAAAACCUGUUAAAUGUCAUUUGUGAAGCUGGCACCCAUUUUGCAUCUCCUCAG